CGGAUUACCAUAGAUAUUAUAGGUCCUAGAGAGAGACGCCAACUCGGCUUCCUUGUUUUUUUUUCAAACGGACGUUCAGCCUGCGUCUUCUCUAUGGUCAUAGAGCCUCUUCGUCGGCCAUGAAAUCCGCCUUCGUCACCGUGGGCACGACCAGCUUCGACGACCUCAUUGCCGCUGUGACGACUCCGGAGGCUCUGCAGGCCUUACGAGAUCUUGGCUACAGCAAAGUAGUCCUUCAGGUUGGCAGGGGCACAGUGUGUCCAGUUUCAACCAGCACACCCACAUUUACCCUGGAAGUGUUUCGGUUCAAGAACUCUCUCUCUGAAGAUGUGCAAACAACAGAUCUUGUCAUAAGUCAUGCAGGUGCAGGUAGCUGCUUGGAGGUAUUAGAAGCAGGGAAGCCACUACUGGUAGUGGUAAAUGACAAACUUAUGGACAAUCAUCAGUUAGAACUGGCAAGGCAGCUCUGCAGGGAUGGCCACCUCUUCUACUGCACUAGCAGGACUCUUGUGAAGACUCUUCAAACAGCAGACUUUUCAACCCUAAAGCCUUUUCCCCCUGGACAGCCAGAAAAAUUUGCUGCGUUCUUGGACAAAGUGAUUGGCAUUUGCAAGCUGGCAGAGAUUGCUUCUUUGGACACACACCCCUUGCCCAUGUCUGAUGUGCCACCUAGUCAGCCCACUGAUUCCCAGCCUGGUGCCCAACAACUUCCCAUGCCAGAGCAAGCCGAUAGCCCCCACCAAUCAGAAGGGAAAGCUGAGAUCAACCUCCCCUGCCCUUCGCCCCGUUCUCAAAGGCUUCUGAGGAAGUGGAUGAACUCCUGCACGUGGGGAACCAUGCCAUCUAGGAAGGCUGGUGGAGAACUGGGAGAGAGGGUGGGCACUCCACCCUACAUCCUACUGAAAGUCUCCCAUAGCCAGAUGACACAGGGCAAGGAGCACCUUCUGCAGCACAGGGAUGUUGCUGUGAGCAUGGCAGCAGACUUCCAGGUGGGGAGCCAGCAUCACACACAGCUUGGCAAUGGCCUCCCUGUCCAGAUGGAAGAACUGGCAGCGCUUCAGCCCCUGCAUGCUGCUCUGGGCUGGCAGCUUCUGAACAUGAAAUCGAUGUCGAGGAGCUUUUCGCCCGCUUCCUACCAUUUGGAUUGCUCUGUUAACAUAAGAGUCCACUUCAUCAACAAAAGCUUAGUCUUCAGAAUGUCCACACCGCCACCCGCCACCUCCCCCGGCCCCGCCACCUCGCGCCCGCGUCCCGCUUUCCAUUCCGCCGUCGGGGAGCGAGAGCACGUGGGCGUGGGAAAAUGCCGGCGGGGCGCACGGCUGCGCCUCAGCCGCCUCGUGCGCGCCUCGCCCGAACCACCUGCAGCUGAGCGCCUCCGCGCCUGCCUCGCCAAGCCCCGCCUCGCCUCGCGCCUGGCCUUCGCGGGGCUCGCUCUGCCCCGCUUCGCCGGCUUCCUCGGGGGGGAAGGCGCUCUCUCCUCCUUCGCCUUGUGCCUUUGUAGCCCGGUUAGGGAAGGCACCAUGCAGAAAGGCUGGAAGAAAUACUUCGGCCAGAAGUCCCUCAGCGAGGUGACCAUGGACGAGUACCUGGGCAGCCUGGGGCUCUACCGCAAGCUCACGGCCAAAGAUGCCACCUGCCUCUUUCGGGCCAUUUCCGAGCAGGUGUAUGCUUGUCAGAUUCAUCAUAUGGCAGUCAGAAAUGCUUGUGUUUCAUUUCUGAGGAAAAACCAGCAUAAUUUUGAGUCUUAUGUAGAAGGAUCGUUUGAAAAAUACCUGGAACGGCUUGGAGACCCCAAGGAAAGUGCUGGACAACUUGAAAUCAGUGUCUUCUCAUUGAUCUAUCACCGAGACUUCAUUCUUUAUCGGCACCCUGGAAAGCCUCCUUCCCGUGCUACAGAUAACAGCUUUGAAGAAAAGAUUCUGCUAUGUUGCUCCAGUAAUGGCCAUUAUGAUUCUGUGUAUACCAAACAGUUUCAGACGAAUGCUGCAAUUUGCCAGGCUGUCUUGUAUGAGAUUCUGUACAAAAAUGUCUUCCAUGUGGAUGAGGAAGAAUUAAGGACUGCUGUUGAGAUGUUUCGAAGUGGGGCUAAGAAAAACACAAACAAAAACAGAAACAGAAAAGAUGCCAACUUUGAUUGUCUGCCUGAGAGAACAUCAAAUUCUUCAGAAAAGAGGGUGGAAGAUUGGGAAAGCUAUGAAUCGGCCAACCCCCUGGAGGAAAAAUACAAGCAAGGCAGUGAUGAGAUGAAGCCUCCAGACAAUCCGAAGAUGCCCUUUUCCUAUAAAGUACUGAAAGCACUGGACCCUGAGAUCUAUCGGAACAUAGAAUUUGAUGUUUGGUUGGACAGCAGAAAAGAACUUCAAAAAAUUGAUUACUUGGUGUUUGCUGGAAGACAGUACUAUUUAGGAGACAAGUGUCAGGUACGCCUAGAGACUGGGGGAAAAUACUAUAAUGCUCACAUACAAGAUGUUGGACAGGAUAAUAUGGUUACCGUCUUCAUUGAAGAGUUGGCAGAAAAGCAUGUUGUUCCACUGGUUAAUUUAAAGCCUGUGACACAAGUGACACCGGUUUCUGCAUGGAAUGUGGUCCCCAGUCGAAAAGGAGGGAACUAUCAGAAAAUAUCAGAUAUGGAUAUGAAAUCACGGAAGAAACUGUUUAAAAAAGUACGUGGAAAGGAAGUCUACAUGACUGUGGCUUACAGCAGGGGCCAUCCUGUCCUUCCUCCCCGACUCCAGCAUGGCAUUGCAUCAGGCCGAUCAUCUCCAGUUCAUUGCUCUCAAAGUGGAGGGCCCAUAACUCCUUAUGAACAUUACCAUCCCCAGAAUUCUCAGCGCUCUGGCAGGGGAUAUGGGAUACCCAGGGGAUCUGCCCAGUUUAUAAACAGAAACAGCAUGAUUGGCCCUGAAUUAACAUUCUAUCCGGGUCCAGGAAAGAGAUGUUAUCAGAGCUAUGAUAACUUCUCAUACAGAUCACGUUCUUACAGCCGCAGCCGCAGGCAGAUGCAAAUGCAGUGUGUAAACAAAGAGUGUCAGUAUGGAUUUUCACCUGAGAAUGGCGAGGAGCCUCAAGGUGUAGAAGAAACUAUCACUUUCUAUGAAAUCGAAGAAGGGGAUGACACAACUUUUCCUGCUCUUCCUAAUCAGGGCAACCCAGCUCCAAUCGUUCCUGCUCCUGCGGGAUUCUGGGUAGCAAGGAGGGCCCCCAGCCCCAUCCCACCUAACAAGCCAGGUCUGAAUUCCUUGGAGGAAGACGUAGAUGAGCCAAGUGAUAAUGGGGAAUACCAUGAAGGUUAUCUGUAUGCCCCUGCAGAUCCAGACUGUGAACCUCCAGCAGUAUUUAGUACAGCUGAAGCUACUGCAAACUUGUCUUUGCAGGAUGGAGGAACAGGUUCAGUGUCUUCUCAGGAAGGAGUUGCUUCAUACAGUUACUCACAGAAGGUUAUGGUGAAUUCAGCUGUUAUUUCUACCUCUUCUUGUGUUAAUGCUGCUCCAGUAGCAGCCUUUUCCUCCAGUUCUGCAGCUGCCACUCAAGUUAGCAUCACCACAGCUUCACCACAGAAUGCCAUGCAACCCAUUUUGGUAUCCUCUUCUUCUAUGGGAAGGCCAGUUGUGAUUCCUUCAGUGCCAUACCCGUACCAGUCACUCCCUCUUCCUCCUAUCAGUGAUGUGGGGGACAAUGGAGCUGCUCCUCCUCCUUACUCCUGUGAUCCCAAUGGUAGCGACCUGCCUAGAGACCCAAAGAUCUUGCAGUACUACUUUAAUUUGGGUUUGCAGUAUUACCACCAGACCUGUUGGAAUCCCAUGAUGUAUGUGCAGCAAGUACCACCAUCCCCUCACAUGGAGGCUUUCCAAGCAUACACAGAGCCUGUCCCUGUAGUAGAUCCAUCAGUAUCUUCUGCAUAUGCUGAAGUAGGGAGGAGCGAUAUUCACCAAAUCCCUGUGGACAACUCUGCAAAUGAGCCACCAGCUCCUUCCCACGGUGCAGUCUAUUACCCAGUAGUAACGGAUCCCUACAGUCAGCAGCCUCUACCCAGAUAUGAUGCUUGUGUUCCUCUGGUGCAUGCCUAUCACUGUGUUAGCCCUUGGUAUCCAGUAAACCCUUCCUAUGGGAAUGCUGCACAGAUCCACAGUGCUGUGAAUCCUGGUCACUUCCAUCAAGUCGGGUAUGUUACCUCAUCAAAUCCUGCACCGACUCAAAAUAUGUAGAUCAAGAAUGACUGAAUUACUUAAAAGCAUUCCUGAUUUUGCUUGCUUUGUCUUACAGUUUCAUUUAUGAAUAUAAUGGUUGGAAAGAUACGGUUUUUGUUUUGUUUUUCAUGUUUUAUAUAAACAUUGAUUUGUAUUUAUGGUGGGGGGAAGUUAAUAUUUUAGUAAUAUGUAUAUAAAACACUGUAACAUUAAACUUAUAUAUGUAUAUCAGAUGCUUAUGCAGCAAGACAAACCCAUGUGUACAAUGAGUAAGAAGAGAUGGUUAUAUCAGUGGUAUUAAUGGCAUUUUCUGUGUGUGUUAAUACAAUGCAUGUAAAUAUUGGUUAAAUAACACUAAUCCCUUCUCCUAUUCCACCAGCGACAAUAUAAUUCUGGAAUCUCCUUUCCCCCUUCAUCAAGAAAUUAAAAAAGCAAGGGAAUAAAGCUUGAGUGUGAGGGUUCUGAAGCCAGUAAUGGUUGCUAGUGCAAUCGCUUCUUAACCAAAGUGUAACUAACCUAACAUGUUAAUCUUUGUAAACAACCUAUUGAAUACACUCAACUUGUAAUGUGGUCCUGAAGUGGUAUUUGAAGAUGGGAAACUUUUGGUUUUGUUCUGUACUGCAAUUGUAGACUAAUUAAGUUUUGUAAAAAAAAAUCACUGCACAAAACAUUGUAAGAAUGGUUGGGGUAUAAUUUGCACCAAAUAAAA